AUGCCAGGCUGCACACUGCUCUCUCUCACAUAUCCUAAAGCAUUAGCAGAAGGUCGCUAUCGGUGGCGUCAUGACAAAGUGCUGGAGGAAUUAGCCAAUUUAUCUAUGCGAGCCAAAUGGAUCUUAAGUGCAGUCGUAGUGGCUAUUGCACUUGUUGCAGUGGUAGUGACGCUGGUUCUGACCCUCAGGACCCCUCCGAUACCAGACAAGGUUGGUCCUCCCGUGUCUUUGGCUUCUCCUGAAACUGCAUCACUGACCCAUUCACCUUCAAUAUUGGGCAACUACAGGUUUGCAGCCGUAGCCCCAGAUGUCAUGAAACACUGUUCAACAAUAGGAGUGAAUAUAAUGGCAGUAAAGGGUGGUAACGCAGUAGAUGCUGCCAUAGCAACCCUUUUGUGCCAAGGUGUGGUCAACGCUCACAGCAUGGGUGUUGGAGGAGGCCAUUUCUUCACAAUAUAUGACAAGAAGACAGAUACAGUAAAAACUAUAGAUUCACGAGAAAUGGCUCCCGUAGCAGCUCAUGAAAAUAUGUUUGUUGACGACAAAUUGGCAGCUAAGUGGGGUCCAUUGGCAAUAGGUGUCCCAGGUGAGAUCAAAGGAUACUGGGAAGCUUAUAGUAAUUUUGGGAGUGGUUCUGUUCCGUGGAAGGAAUUGUUUGAGCCCACCAUUAAAAUGUGUAAAGAGGGCUUUCCAGUAGGCAAGAGUCUUGCCUCUGCAAUCAGACAGUACCGAAAUAGACUCCCUAAUUAUCCAUCAAUCAUGGAGAUCAUAUGGAAUAAAGAGGAGAAUCGAUUUCUUGAAGCGGGAGAUAUUAUGAAGAGGGAGAAAUUCGCUGAAACACUAGAGGUUAUAUCUGAAGACCCUCACUCAUUUUAUAAUGGAACGUUAGCUACUAAGAUAGCAGAGGAACUUAAAGAUAUGGGUGCAAUAAUAACUGAGGAGGAUUUAAAGAAUUAUACCAGUGAAAUAAAAGAUCCAUUAGCAAUACACUUGAGCAAUGGGAACAUGACAGUAUAUGGAGUGAGGCCGCCAUCGAGUGGUGUAGUUCUGCAAUAUAUCAUGGGUAUCCUAGAUGGAUAUAACUUCAGCUCAGAAAGUUUAAAAGACGAUGAAACGUCCACUACAACAUACCAUCGUAUAAUAGAAGCUUUUAAAUUCGCAUAUGCUAAACGAACAGAAUUGGGAGAUGAGAAUUUUCUACAACCAGGAAUUGAAGAUCUAAUAAAGAAUUUAACUUCAAAAGAUUAUGCCACAGCUACAAGGCACAAAAUAUGGGACAACCAGACCCAUGAUUUGUUGUACUAUGGGCCAACAUUCUAUGACCGUGAGACCAAAGGAACUGCCCAUCUUUCAGUGUUGGGCCCCGAUGGAAGUGCCGUUGCUUGCACCAGCACCAUUAACUUCUAUUUUGGUUCAAUUAUGAGGGGUAACAAAACUGGAAUCUUAUAUAACAACGAAAUGUACGAUUUCGCAACACCAAAUACCACCAAUGCUUUUGGGAUGCCAGCAUCUCCUGCUAACUUUAUUAAGCCAGGGAAGCGCCCUCUAUCAUCCAUGGCUCCAACCAUUGUCCUGGACGCUGAUAGAAAUGUGAGAUUGAUAACUGGAGGGGCAGGGGGUACAAGGAUAACUACAGUGACGUCAUACAAGGAUAGAGAUGGAGAGGGCAUGGAUUACCACGAUGCACAAUCGAAGCCAUCCGAGACUUUCCUAAGGGAUACUUCCGCUUGUGAACAUCACCAAUGA